CGAGCCAGAUCGGAAUUUUUAACUGGAUGGGCAACCCUCGGCGUUGAUAAUAGAAGAACGAAAACAAACAAGAAAUAAGGCGGGAGAUCUGUUAUUAUAAGUUCUCGAUAUGAGUAAAAAGACUACACGCUCCACAAAGCCAAAAACGGACCCAGAUGCGGCGCCUCAAAAACAAGUAGUGGAUGCUGUAAAGAAAGUGUUUUACAUAUCCGACAACUUGUUGCAUGCCGAUGAUGACCACCGAAUGUGCUUGGAGCGCUUCUAUCACCCAGGCAAGGGACAGUCUGCCAUGUUUGUGACGCUUGGGGAUCGCAGCAUUAUGGAGUUGUUAGAGUACGGAGAGCCUCGUCGCAGCUGGCUGCUUAACAACGAAGUCUGCUCAAAUGGCCGCAUUUACAUGACGACGCCAAUCGAUGCCACCCUCCUCGCGCUCCACCAUCUCCGCAAGCAUUGCUCACAACGCGCCAUGUCGCUGGACAGUAUUAACGUUGAUGGGAACGAUGCCAGCACAAACCGCCUACUUACCAAAUUUGUAAGCGCCGCCAGUCUCAAGUGUGUGGCAGAUGUAAAGACCUCCGGUGAGCUGAUCUUCUACAAGUACAACGCGGAUCGUACGCUGGCCUGGCUUGCUCUGAAAACGCGCCAAGUUGUGUCCGUGCUAAAGGCAAAGCAAGUACACUGCGGACUCGGCGCCAAAUCGCAGAACUAUGUGCGGAGCGAGAAACUGGUGACGGAAAAUGAUGUCAAUGAAAUGGAUUACAUGCGCAUGGCCUGUGACUAUGUGGGCCGCUAUCUGGAUGCGGACUUGCACGAAGAACUUAAUCGUUAUUUGCACAUACCAAGUGAAAUCCAGGCGAUGGUUGAGGAGAAGUCCACAGCGCAGAAAAGAAAAUCCCAGCAGGGUCAACAAAGCGCAAAUAGCAAAAAGAUGAAACUCGCAAGCGGUGACAAUGGAAGCGUCGAUGCUGCAGCCCAACUGAGGAAUAGCAGUCUGCUGGACGAUGAUGAUGCCAAGGAAUCUAUUACGUCGCCCACAACACCGGCUCCGCUCAAGGAGCGCACCAUGACUGCCAAAGAGAAGGCGCUGGCCAAGGGUGCCAAGGGCAGCAAGAGCAUUGCUUCAUUCUUUAAGGCCAAAUAGGAAUAACUAGAAGAUAAAAUAAAUCUAAAUAUACACUAUUGCAGUUCAUUUUAAAUCAA